CCGGGGAUGGCCCGCGCGUGAGCCGCGCCCGGGGCGAUGCCGAGCAGCGCUGACCCCGCGCUGGGGGGCGGCGCGGGCCUGAGCUGGGCCGAGAAGAAGUUGGAGGAGCGCCGCAAGCGCCGGCGGUUCCUGUCCCCGCAGCAGCCGCCGCUGCUCCUGCCGCUCCUGCAGCCGCAGCUCCUGCAGCCGCCGCCGCCGCCGCCGCCUCUGCUCUUCCUGGCCGCGCCCGGCACGGCUGCCGCCGCCGCCGCCGCCGCCGCCGCCGCCUCCGCCUCCAAGGGCCGCGGCCGGCACGGCGAUCGCGCCGAACCCGCCGAGAGCGGCAGCCGGAGCAGUAGCCGCGGGCGCCGCCGCAAGAGUGCCUCGGCCACGUCCAGUAGCGGCGGCCGUAAGGAGCGCGAUUCCAAGGUGCGGCGCGGCCGCUCGCGCGCGGGCAAGGAGCCGCCGUCCGCCUACCGCGAGCCACCCAAGGCCUACCGUGACGACAAGGCCGAACCGCGCGCCUACCGCCGGCGGCCGCGCUCCCCCAGCCCGCCGGGCCGCGACGACAGCCCAGGCUCGCACCGCGCUGCCCCGGGCCCGCGGAGCCGCCGCUCGCCCAGCCCAGCCGGGGGCAGUCCCUACACGCGGCGGCCGCGCUCGCCCAGCCCCUACCGCCGGCGCUCGCGCAGCUACAGCCGCGCGUCCUCGUACGAGCGCGGCGGCGACGUGUCCCCCAGCCCCUACAGCGGCGGCAGCUGGCGGCGCUCGCGGAGCCCCUACAGCCCGGUGCUCAGACGGUCUGCCAAAUCCCGAAGCAGAAGUCCAUACUCAUCUAGGCAUUCAAGGUCUCGAAGCAGGCACAGAUUGUCUAGAUCCCGAAGUCGUCAUUCUAGCAUUUCUCCUAGCACACUGACUCUGAAGAGUAGCCUGGCUGCUGAGUUGAACAAGAAUAAAAAAGCUCGUGCUGCAGAGGCAGCACGAGCUGCAGAGGCAGCAAAAGCUGCAGAGGCUGCCAAGGCUGCAGAGGCAGCUGCGAAAGCUGCAAAAGCCUCCAACACAUCUACACCAACCAAGGGGAACACAGAAACCGGAGCCAGCUCAUCACAAACCAACCACGUGAAGGAUGUGAAGAAACUUAAAACCGAGCAUGCGCCUUCUCCCUCAAGUGGUGGAACUUUAAAAAAUGACAAGGCAAAAUCAAAGCCACCUCUUCAGGUAACAAAGGUAGACAAUAAUUUGAUUGUAGAUAAAGCCACCAAGAAAACAGCUGUAAUUGGGAAGGAGAGUAAAUCUGCUGCUACAAAGGAGGAACCAGUAUCUCUCAAAGAGAAAACCAAACCACUGACACCAAGUGUGGGAGCCAAGGAGAAGGAGCAACAUGUGACUUUAGUGACCUCUACGCUCCCACCCUUACCAUUGCCUCCCAUGCUUCCUGAAGAUAAAGAUACAGAUAGCUUAAGAGGAAGUAUUUCAGUAAAAGCAGUUAAAAAAGAAGUAGAAAAGAACAGAUGUCUUCUUGCUGAUUUAGCCCUGCCCUCUCACCUGCCUCCCAAGGGAGGAGAGGAUCUUUCCAAGAGUCCAGAGGAAAAGAAAACUGCAACGCAGUUGCAUAGUAAACGGAGACCUAAAAUAUGUGGGCCUCGCUAUGGUGAAAUCAAAGAAAAAGAUAUUGACUGGGGAAAGCGCUGCGUGGAUAAAUUUGAUAUCAUCGGAAUUAUUGGAGAAGGUACUUACGGACAAGUUUACAAGGCCAGGGAUAAAGACACUGGAGAAAUGGUAGCCUUAAAAAAAGUACGUCUGGAUAAUGAAAAAGAAGGCUUUCCAAUUACAGCAAUUCGAGAAAUUAAAAUUCUCCGACAGCUUACCCACCAGAGUAUUAUCAAUAUGAAGGAAAUAGUGACUGAUAAAGAAGAUGCUUUGAAUUUUAAGAAGGACAAAGGUGCAUUUUAUCUGGUAUUUGAGUACAUGGACCAUGACCUGAUGGGACUGCUGGAAUCAGGCUUGGUUCAUUUUAAUGAAAAUCACAUCAAGUCAUUUAUGAGACAACUCAUGGAAGGUCUAGAUUAUUGUCAUAAGAAGAAUUUUUUGCAUAGAGAUAUUAAGUGUUCAAAUAUCCUUCUAAACAAUAGAGGGCAGAUAAAACUUGCAGAUUUUGGACUUGCUCGAUUAUAUAGCUCAGAAGAAAGUCGACCGUAUACUAACAAGGUCAUCACUUUAUGGUACCGCCCACCUGAGCUGCUGUUAGGAGAAGAACGAUAUACACCGGCUAUUGAUGUUUGGAGCUGUGGAUGUAUACUUGGUGAACUCUUCACUAAAAAACCAAUAUUUCAAGCAAAUCAGGAACUUGCACAACUAGAAUUAAUAAGCCGUAUAUGUGGGAGUCCGUGUCCAGCAGUGUGGCCUGAUGUAAUCAAGCUACCAUAUUUCAACACUAUGAAACCAAAGAAGCAAUAUCGCCGAAAGUUAAGAGAAGAGUUUGUUUUCAUUCCUGCAGCUGCACUAGACUUAUUUGAUUACAUGCUCGCCUUGGAUCCUAGUAAGCGCUGCACUGCUGAGCAGGCUCUUCAGUGUGAGUUCCUACGAGAUGUCGAACCCUCAAAAAUGCCUCCACCAGACCUUCCUUUAUGGCAAGAUUGUCAUGAGUUGUGGAGUAAAAAGCGAAGAAGACAGAAGCAGAUGGGCAUGACUGAUGAUGUUUCCACAAUUAAGGCUCCCAGAAAGGACUUGUCUCUGGGUUUGGACGACAGCAGAACUAAUACACCACAAGGUGUGCUGCCAGCUACACAGCUAAAAUCUCAGGGCAACUCGAAUGUAGCACCUGUAAUAACAGGCCCUGGACAGCAGUUAAACCACAGUGAAUUGGCAAUUCUACUAAACCUACUACAGUCUAAAACAAGUAUUAAUAUGGCUGAUUUUGUCCAAGUGUUGAACAUUAAGGUAAACUCUGAGACUCAACAGCAACUAAAUAAAAUAAACCUUCCUGCUGGAAUUUUGGCAACAGGUGAAAAACAGACAGAUCCAUCAACACCACAGCAGGAGUCUUCGAAACCAUUGGGAGGAAUUCAGCCUUCUUCUCAGACUGUCCAGCCUAAAGUGGAGACUGAUGCUGCCCAGGCGGCUGUGCAGAGUGCAUUUGCAGUUCUGUUGACUCAGUUAAUAAAGGCUCAGCAGUCAAAGCAGAAAGAUGUGCUACUAGAAGAGAGGGAAAAUGGUUCGGGACAUGAUGCAUCAUUACAACUCAGGCCACCUCCAGAACCUGGCACACCAGUAUCGGGGCAAGAUGACCUCAUCCAGCACCAAGAUAGGAGGAGAUUGGAGCUAACACCAGAACCAGAGCGACCUCGGAUUUUGCCUCCUGAUCAACGACCUCCGGAGCCUCCUGAACCACCACCAGUCACCGAGGAAGAUCUGGAUUAUCGGACAGAAAACCAGCAUGUACCUACUACUAGUUCUUCAUUAACUGACCCUCAUGCUGGAGUGAAAGCAGCCCUGUUACAGCUGCUUGCUCAGCAUCAGCCCCAGGAGGAGCCCAAACGAGAAGGUGGUAUUGAUUAUUCAGCAGGAGACACUUACGUGCCUACUUCAGACUACAAGGACAGCUUUGGAACAUCAUCUUUCUCCUCUGCUCCUUAUGUUAGCAGUGAUGGUCUAGGAAGUAGUUCUGCUGCACCAUUGGAACGACGUAGCUUCAUUGGAAACUCAGAUAUUCCGUCUUUGGAUAACUACAGUACUGCUUCAUCUCAUUCUGGUGGUCCACCUCAGCCUUCUGCCUUUUCUGAGUCAUUUCCUAGUUCUGUAGCUGGAUAUGGAGACAUUUACCUCAAUGCCGGUCCCAUGUUGUUCAGUGGAGACAAGGACCACAGAUUUGAAUAUAGCCAUGGUCCUAUUGCAGUCCUGGCAAACAGCAGUGACCCUUCCACAGGGCCAGAGAGUACUCAUCCUUUGCCAGCAAAGAUGCACAACUAUAACUAUGGUGGUAAUUUACAGGAAAAUCCAGGCGGCCCAAGCCUCAUGCAUGGGCAGACCUGGACUUCCCCUGCCCAAGGCCCUGGAUAUUCACAAGGAUACAGGGGACACAUCGGCACAUCAGCUGGCAGAGGUCGAGGCAGAGGGUUACCAUAUUGAAUAUCUGUUUUUCCUCAGGCACAUCAUUUUUAUCUGGAAAGACUUUCUAGCUGCAAUUUAAGGCAGUAAUCCAAGAGACUUGAAUAAUAUUAAUUCAACAACAGCUUUAUUUUUAUGUGGAAAAGGGUCUUGCAUACAAUAGUUUAAAAAAAAGAAAAACUUUGCUUAAAUUCAUGCUGUUCUUAAAAUUAGAUCUAUUGAUUGUACAUCUUCACAAAUUCUAGUUAACAAUUUUAUUUUGUAUUCUUGCAGUUUUAAGUGGAUGCUAAUCUUAGGGACAUAAGCUUUUUAUGGCCCUCUUGCAAAUCUUCUGAACUAUGCACAUUUGUGCUUUUUUUGUAAGUUUGGACCAACUUUUAUGUAACAAACAACCCUUCCCUGCCCCCCUCCAGUUUUACAACAAUCAGAAAGGGCACUGAUUUAUUUGGUAUUUUUCUUUUUACAAAGCUACCUUUAGUCAAAGGUCACUGUCAGUCUUUGCACCUGCUUUCAGUGUUAUUGUGAAAGGUGUACUUUGUGCUCAUUUCAGAAAAUAAAACACAACCUUUCUCUUGAUGCAACAGUUUUAUAAAAAAAAUGGUCAAUGUUAUUUUUGUUUUGUUUUAUGAUUACCAUAGCCUAGCAAAAUGCAUUCAAAUGAAAUAGUGGGUUUUAUAUGAAAAAUAUGGGUGGGGUGGGGAGGGCUAAGUAAGUGCCUUAACAGGUAAGCUUAAAGUCUGAAAAAGCAGUUUACACCCAUUUAUCUUUUAAAGGGAAUCAAUGCAUUGUAUUGAAGAGGUAGGAGGCUCUCAAGUUUUUAGGGGCUGCCUGUUCAGUUCCUGUUAGGUCCAUUCCCUCUGCCUGUUAGACUUUCACCUUUCCUGCCUGUCUUUGGGCUGUGUUAACUUUUAUUACUGCCUUCUCCUGUUAGGGGAGUGAGAGCAAAGAAAGGGAGUAGAACUGUAGCCAGUAUCUUCUGUCACUUCUGAGAAGUUCUAAAAUGUUUUUUCAUUUAAUGGUUGAAAGUAGUAGCUACAUGAGAAUUUUAGAGUAGUGUUUUAGGCUGCCACAUUGUCUCUGUUUCCAUUUGGAGGACAGGAGUUCAGAAGCAAGAAUUAGGAACAGAUUUUACAUAAAUUCAUUAAACUUUAUGGGAGGAGGGGUGGCAAACACAGUAUUUAAGUUUUUCAAUUGCCAUUUUAAGAAAAAGCCAACUUGUUAACUAGAAACAUUGCCUAGAUUGAAUUUAUUGAAGCAAGCAGAAAGAAAACAAAACCUUUUACUUUUCUUCCCUUCUAUAAAGUUUAUUAUGGCUUUUGCCAGACUUUUUCUUUCAUUAAAAGUAAUGAAAUUGGAAUAACCUUUAUUUAAACUGUAAUAUUGUCAAGUUUCAAGUUUUAUGUACGUGUAUACACACACACACAAUUAUAAUAUUCUGGAAAGGAACCAAAGGCAAUUAACCAGUAUAUCCAUCAUCACUAAGUGAAAAAAUAGGCUUUGCAAAUUUAAAAUUGUGCCAAUUAACCACUUUGCUUUAACUGUUCUGGUAACUUACUUUUUUAUUGGAGUCUUAAACUGGAAUAGCUGUUAGAGAAUGAAGAUUGCUCCAGGUCUAAGAGCCAGUUAACCCCGUGCUUUCUGUUUCUCUGAUUUGUGAACUUGCACUUCAAAACAGGAUAUGGUAGACAUUACAGUUUGGUAACAGUAAGAAUAUGUUAAGAUGCCUAAGUUACCACUUUAGUAGUAUAAAAUGAGUUGAUGUUAGUUGGCCAUUUUAUUUUUUGAUGUAAUGUUUUGUUUGGGGGAGAAAGAAAUGAAUGGAAAAAUUAUUUUGUUUUUAUUUGAGUACUAACAACUUAUAAUAAAACUACAAGAAGUGAAGAAAUAUUUUGAAAUUUAGCAAAAUAGCUACAGUAUUCAAGUCUCUGAAAUUUUAAUAUGGUGAGUUGUAGAGCUUUAGACUUUCUUAUAAGUGACAGUAUCUAAGUUAUUCUUAAUAGUCACACUUGAUAAUUCUGCUGAUCAUAAGCAGCUAACCUAAAUUUAAAAAUAUUUAUGUGACAUGAAUAGCCUGUGUUUUAAAAAUUAAAUAUUUUAUAUAAAAGUGAACUGUGUUUGGAUAGUUUUUCUAAUUAAGCACUUCAGUUAUGUAUUUAUGUUGGGAGAGUGGGACAACAGAUUGUUGGCUUUGAAAUGAAGAAUUUGAACUAUACCUUCUAUCCUAAAGACAGCAUUGUUUGUGAGCCAUAUUAAUAUUUUAUGUACCACUUAGAAGAAAAAAGUGUUGCCUGUUAAACCAUAAUACAAUGCUCAAAGUCUAUCAAUUGUAAAAUAAUCUUAUAUUCAACGGUAUUGUAUUAAAGAAUAUGUCUUAAAAUUGAUGAAAUAUGGUAGUAAAAAAAUCUUAAUGCAGGCUUCCAUGAUAUUUAAUUCAGUGAAUUGGAUUAAUAAAAAGAGGGUUGGGAAAUCACAAAUUCUUUAGCUUAUAAUAACUACAGUAAUCACUGAGUAUUUUUUAAUGAAAUCUGAAGAGCAUAAAAUACUGCUUAAUUUUUUUUUGGAAAGAAGCAGGUAAGUGAGAUUGCAAGUAAGAAGAUGAAAUUAGAAAAGAUUGACCUAUGUAAUGGAGAAAAUAUUUAUCGUCUCCCAUGUGAAAUUCCAUUUUGUAUUUCCUGACACAGCAAGUUCUGCAUGUAACUGUGUGUGGUUCCCAAAUCUUCAAUCCAUUAUCUGUUGGGGAUUUGAAAUUUUAAACUAAAGGGGUUACUGAUUCAAAUAAUUUGUGGAAUGUGAAUUACUUUAGCUGUAAUUCAGUGUUUCAUUGCUGUCAGCAAUGAUAUAUUCACUGCCUACCAUGUGCCAGGUACUAUUUUAGUCCUUGGGAUACAUCAGUAAACAGGAAUGGUGUUAAAUUAUCUAGUAGGCUGGCAGCAAAGUUUUAAAAAUGUCUGGAGAAGCUAGUGGUAUCUGCUACUCCCAGCUGUAUCCAAAUUAUACUUAAGUGUGCAUAAGGAUGGAAAUUUGAGUAUCUGUAAAAUUUUAAACUGAAACUUGAAUAGGAAAUAAGGUUUUUAGAAGAAAUAGAACAACAAAUUCAGUGAUGAAAAUUUUUAAGUUGAAUUUGGCUGAUUUGUGAUAGACAAUUUGUAAGAAAUACCAUGAUUACUCAAGAAAAACGAAAAGGAUAUGGGUUAAAUGCUUCUGAACUCAUGUAACUGGUACUUGUGAGUUAAGAUUUUAGUGUAAUUUUCUAUAAGCUCAAUCCAUUUUUUUUUUUUUUGGUACUGGGGAUUGAACUCGGGACCUUGCACUUGCGAGGCAGGCAGCGGAACCACUGAGCUAAAUCCCCAGCCCAAGCUCAAUCCAAUUUUGAUUUAUUUUAGCCCUAGGCUUUAGUAAAGCUAAAUACAAAUUUUGCAUACAUGUUUAGUGAUUCCCUUGGAUAAUGGUUUUGGUAUUUUAAACAGCCUGAACAGGAUGUACCAAUAACAUAAAAGCGUAAUGUAGUUAGUCUCCUCACUAUGCAGCUAAUAAAGAUGAGGCUUACAAGGAUCACAGGACCUUUUUUAGGACAACUGUAUUUCCAGUGUUUGUUCCUGGCUCAUUAUCUAGCUUAAUGGUAAAAUUGCAUUAACCUGACCAGUGUUACAGUAAAGUUAAAUUUUUAAAUGUAGAAUACCAGACUAAUAGUUUAACGCUAGUAGCUUUUAAAAAGCUUAAGACAAAGUUUCUUUUAAUUCAGAAAAAUAAAAUAAAAUAUUUCGAAAAUUAAUAGUGUGUAGGAACUGUUCAUUUCACAUACUGCAUUGGUUAUUUUCCUGUGGUACUGGUGAUCCAGCAGCCCUUUUAAAUUUUUAAAUUUUUGAGACAGGGUCUCAGUAAAUUGGCUAUACUGGCUUCAAACAGUUCUUCCCUCCCUCCUUCACUCUCUUCCUUCCAUCCUGGGACUGAACCCAGGGAUGCUCUGCCACUUAGCUACAUCCCCAACCCUUUUUAGUUUUUAUUUUGGGACAGCAUCACCCUAACUUGCCCAGGCUGGCCUCAGACUUCUGGUCCUCCUGCCUCUGCCUCAGCCUGCCUACUAGCUGAGAUUAUCUCUGCCCAACUUUCAAUAGUACUUUAAAAGAAGUUCCUGAGGCUGGAGGUGUGGCUCCGUGGUACAACAUUCCUAGCAAGCCUUGGGGUUCCAUCCCUCGCACCAAAAACAACAACAACAAAAAGUUUUGUUUAAGACAAUAAUUAAAUACUGGAGAAUUUGAUAAAAAUUUUCAUAGAAAUAGGCUAUUUAUACAAGGACUUGUAUCAGUAGGCCUGCAAAAGUAGUUUGCUUUUCAGUCUUUUGAGAGUUUGUAAUUUCAAAUGUCUUUCUAGUGGGAGUAAUGGUUUGUCAUUUACCAAAGACUUCUCCAGACAAUUUUCUUCAUUGUUUCUUUUAUUAAAAAUGAGCUAUUAA